UGCAUAAUAUCAAUUUCGUUACAGAUCAUUCGAGUCAACUUCAGUAGGAAUAGGCUCGUUUUGUUGGCGUGGUGGUUCGUGGACGUGCUGGCUGCUGGCAGUUACUACCGUAGGGAGUAUAAGUAUACUUGUUGCAUCGACUGUUUGCAGAAAUACAAUAUUAUUGUGCAUAUCAGCUAGCUGUUACGUGUUUGCUUGUAUUAAAAUUCUACAAUGGGUCCACCAGGUCCGUUACGAAGCGAUGGGUGCCCUGAUAUGCGAUACAGCUGCAACCGUUCUUGGGCCUCUAGUUCGGGUUCUAGUGUUCCUCUUUCCACUGGUGGUUUCUAUUCAUCUACCGGUCGAAGCAGCAUUGGUGGUAGUUCUGCAAGUCCCGCUUAUUCUAGUUCAUCGAGUGCACCUCGUCAAUCUUCCUUGCAACUAAGAGCUGUGGCAGAGAACGCUCCUGCCAGACUAAGAGCAGAUGGACUGCCAGACAUGCGUUAUGCGGCUAACAAAAGUUAUGUCGCCGAACGAAACAUGGAAAUUCCUCUCACUACAACUUCGCGUCGUAAUUCAACGGCUGCUUCAGCAUCCAAAACAACAAGCCAAACAAGUACUUCAGGUACUGAACGCGAAUAUGUUCCAUCGAGAUAUUCGGCCACAUCAUCAACAAUCACAAGCUAUUCAAAUAUCUAUGCAUCACCUAUUUAUGUGCCAGUUCCCGUUUCACUGCCUUCACAAAUCAAUCAACCGGAGCAAGUGGAACGUUUGGAUUCACAAGAAAGAGUUUCUCAGCUGGAAGAUCGAUUGCGGAUGCUGGAACUUCAGAAGAAGAUUCAGGAAUUGGAGAUCAGUUUGCAGGAAGCCAAAUCCAAACAGGCUGUUCCUCCCAGUGGAAUUAAGAGCCAGCAGGUAGUCAUCGACAAAUCGAUAUCUGCAGCUAUUUCCACUGGAGCAAGAAGCCGAACUAGUGUUCCUGCAAAGAAUCUUUCUACCUCAUCUUCUAUCUCUUCUAAAAUUCUGAAUGAAAUUGAUCUUCUGCAAGUCCGAUUAAGCGAAGUAAUCGCCCCAACCGGGGCUGUUGUUGUCAGCCGUCGUCGCAUUGAAAAGAUAACCGACAACUAUCAGGAGCUUAUUGGGCGUGGAGGAUUCGGUCAAGUCUACAAAGGAACUUGGCAUAGACGUCAAGUAGCCGUCAAAGAAAUCCGCUCUCCUUGGCGUUGCAGCACAGUCGUCGAGACUCGAUCGUUCGCCAAGAUGAUUCAACGAGAGGUUGAAGCACUUUCAGCUGUCCAGCACCGCAAUAUUAUUGGACUGCUCGGUCUUUGCACGGAUAACGAAUCGAGUGAUGGUGAAGCAUCGAUUAGAGUCUCGCUCAUCUUUGAAUUUGCCAACGGAGGAACUCUUUUCGACUGUCUUUUCGGUGUCCAAGCAAAUAACAACAAAUUCAAAUUAGACGUGAAUCAAAUGAUGCUGAUCGCUCGCCAUCUCACCGAGGCUCUCCAUCUACUGCAUUCCACCCAGCAGGAGCCUGGCGGUUCAGUUAUGGUCCACCGUGACGUGAAAUCCGCCAAUGUUUUAUUGCAACGGGAUGACGAAGGAAGAGUCGUGCGAGCUGUUUUGGCCGAUUUUGGUUUGGCACGUUUUCAUUCGGAUCUCAACGAAAGUGGCUCCGGCGUUGGCCUAGCUGCCAGUUCCAUGACAGCUGUGGUAGGUACUCACGGUUAUGUCGAUCCUUUGUAUGCGGAGUCGAGCCAAGUGUCGCCCAGUCAAGAUGUGUACGCUUACGGUGUCGUCCUUUACGAGAUGCUCUGGAAGGAAAAACCUGAAACUGUGCUGGCCCGUCGAGUUCGUCAAAGCACGUUGGAGAAUUGUGUUCUUAAAGCCAAAUCCGUCGACCCAGAGGACAGAUUCGGGUCUGCUCGUAUCCAAUUGUUGGCUUCGGUAGGUAGGCAAUGCGUUGGCAUGGAAAACAGACCCACCGCCAAAGACAUUCGUAAAAUGCUCAAUGUUGAAUAAUUCGUUGCUUCAAAUAUGUUCCGAAAAAAUCACCCCCAUUCAAACUAAGACUGUUGUAUUUCCUUCCUUUUUAUUCGUUGUCUGAAAAUCCGGAAUCCUAUCUGGUUACAGCUAAACACUGUUUCAGAAUGGUGUAUUUAAUUACAUGAAAAAGUUAAGCAUGGAAGUUUUGUUAUACUGCCUUGUCUUGGAAAUAUCAAAAAUGUUCGAAUGUGUUAUCCCUUGCAAAUGUUCGUGAAUUUAUCAGUGUUCAUUUGGGCAUAUGUUUCUUAACCAAGUUUAUAUUUGUUCUUCCAAUUCACAAAGUCGUUGAAGUGAAAAUACAGAAAAUUUGGAAGAA